GAGGCGCUGUCGUUCUUUCAGGAAACUCUCCUACUGCAGCAAGAAGAAGUAGGGACAUUUGUACACGGCAAAUCAUGUAGCAGCGCAUUUGAAAGACUGAGUCUCUUACAGUUACAGUAAGUUGGAAAUUGUGUAACAAUGAAUCGACCAAAGCCAACAAGCAUUAGGCGUCCUAGUAACACCAAACCAUCAGGUCACCCACCUCCAGGGGAUUUCAUUGCUCUUGGAGCAAAGAGUCAAGGCAGUGAGCCCAAAGCAAACCCAGCUCUCUUGAAGCCACCGUCCACCGUUUUGCCCCCAGACCGCAAGAGAGAGGCAUCUUCAUCCCUGCCCUCUUCCUCCAGCCUGUCCAAGCGGCCCAAGCUCUCUAGUACUCCACCCAGUGCCCUCUCACGCCUCGCUGAGGUGGCUGCCGUUGACAAAAGAUCAAUAUCCCCUUCAAUCAAAGAGCCAUCUGUAGUUCCUAUUGAAGUGUCCCCUGCUGUUCUUCUGGAUGAGAUCGAGGCAGCGGAGGGAGAGGGUAAUGAUGACCGCAUUGAGGGUGUUCUCUGCGGGGCUGUCAAACAGCUGAAGAUGAACAGAGCCAAGCCUGACAUGACGCUGUACCUCAGCCUCAUGUUUCUGGCCAAAAUCAAGCCCAAUGUAUUUGCUACAGAGGGUGUGAUAGAGGCUCUCUGCAGUUUGCUCCGCCGUGAUGCCUCAAUUAACUUUAAGGCCAAGGGGAACAACCUGGUGUCCGUGCUGGCCUGUAACCUGUUGAUGGCCGCCUAUGAGGAGGAUGAAAACUGGCCUGAGAUAUUCGUCAAAGUCUACAUUGAGGAUUCUCUCGGUGAGAGGAUCUGGGUGGACAGCUCGCACUGUAAAACAUUUGUGGAUAACAUCCAAACUGCCUUCACAACAAAGAUGCCUCCUAAGAGUAUGCUGCUCCAGACGGAAACAGGGCGGUCAGGAGGCGACCUCAGUGCAGGGAACAGCCCUCAUCCUUCCACUCCAGAUGAAGAUGAAGGUCAGACUGAGCUUCUAAUCGCUGAAGAGAAACUCAGUCCAGAGGAUGAUGGACAGGCCAUGCCAAGGUACGAAGAGCUGGCUGAAAGUGUGGAGGAGUACGUGUUGGAUGUUUUGAGGGACCAGCUGAACCGUCGCCAGCCCAUGGACAAUGUGUCCAGGAACCUUUUGCGUCUUCUCACGGCCACCUGUGGUUAUAAAGAGGUCCGACUGAUGGCCGUGCAGAGACUCGAGAUGUGGUUACAGAAUCCCAAGCUGACUCGGCCAGCGCAGGAUCUUCUCAUGUCUCUGUGCAUGAACUGUAAUACACACGGCUCAGACGACAUGGAGGUCAUCUCGAACCUCAUCAAGAUCCGCCUCAAACCUAAAGUUCUACUCAACCACUACAUGCUGUGUGUCAGGGAACUUCUAAAUGCCCACAGAGAUAAUCUGGGCACCAUGGUGAAGUUUGUGAUCUUUAAUGAGUUGUCAAAUGCCAGAAAUCCCAAUAAUAUGCAAGUCCUCCAUACUGUUCUGCAACAUAGCCCAGAGCAGGCGCCCAAGUUUCUGGCAAUGGUGUUCCAGGACUUGCUGACCAAUAAGGAUGACUACCUGCGGGCAUCAAGGGCCUUGCUUAGGGAAAUCAUUAAACAGACCAAACAUGAGAUCAACUUCCAGUCCUUCUGUUUAGGCCUCAUGCAAGAGAGGAAAGAGGCCACUUAUGUGGACAUGGAGUUUAAAGAGCGUUUUGUCAUCCAAGUGACAGAUCUCUUGACGGUGUCCAUGAUGUUGGGGAUCACGGCUCAGGUCAAAGAGGCCGGCAUUGCGUGGGACAAAGGAGAGAAGAAGACUAAUUUCAAGACCAAAGGCCGCAAUAGGAGAGAGAGCGGCAUCAGCACCGAUCUGGAAGCACUGAGGUCCUUUCAGAACCAGAUCGCUGCCAUCCAGCGAGAUGCUGUGUGGUGGCUACACUCCGUGGUUCCCACCAUCAGUAAAGUGGGAGCUAAAGACUAUGUGCACUGUCUUCACAAGGUGCUUUUCACAGAGCAGCCCGAGACCUAUUACAAAUGGGACAACUGGCCACCUGAGAGCGACAGAAAUUUCUUUCUCCGGCUGUGCUCUGAGGUUCCUCUGCUGGAGGACACACUGAUGCGCAUCUUGGUGAUCGGUCUCUCUCGUGAUUUGCCCCUUGGCCCUGCUGACGCCAUGGAGCUGGCCGAUCACCUGGUGAAGAGAGCUGCAGGAGUUCAGUCUGAUGACUUGGAUGUGUUGCGAGUCGAGAGGAUCCAGCUCAUUGAUGCUGUGCUGAACCUUUGCACCUACCAUCACCCAGAGAACAUCCAGCUUCCUGCAGGGUAUCAACCUCCUAAUCUGGCCAUAUCAACUCUUUACUGGAAGGCCUGGCUCCUGCUGCUUGUGGUCGCAGCAUUCAACCCACAGAAAAUCGGUUUGGCAGCAUGGGAUGGUUACCCCAGUCUGAAAAUGCUCAUGGAGAUGGUUAUGACAAAUAACUACUCCUACCCUCCGUGCACGGUGGCCGACGAGGAGACCAAAACAGAAAUGAUCAAUCGAGAGCUGCAGAUCUCUCAGAAGGAGCGGCAGGAGAUCCUGGCCUUUGAGAGCCACCUGGCAGCCGCCUCCACCAAGCAGACCAUAACAGAGAACAACAGCCUUCUGCUGUCCCAGCUCACCAGCCUGGACCCCAAGGGACCCCCACGUAGGCCACCUCCUCUUGUCCUGGAUCAAGUGAAAACUCUGAACCAGUCUUUGCGCCUGGGCCAUUUGCUCUGCCGCAGCCGCAACCCUGACUUCCUGCUCAAUAUCAUCCAGAGACAAGCCUCCUCUCAGUCUAUGCCGUGGCUGGCUGAUCUCGUUCAGUCUAGUGAAGGGUCGUUGGAUGUGCUGCCCGUUCAGUGCCUGUGCGAAUUCCUCCUCCACGAUGCUGCUGAUGACUCAUCUUCCAUUGAUGAUGAGGAAGAAGGAGAGAGCAAAGAGCAGAGAGUGAAGAAAAGACAGAGGCAGCAGAAACAGAGGCAGCUUCUUGGGCGGCUGCAGGACCUUCUGCUGGGUCCUAAGGCUGAUGAACAGACCACAUGCGAGGUCUUGGACUACUUCCUGCGCCGUCUCAGUUCUUCUCAGGUGGCCUCUAGAGUGCUGGCAAUGAAGGGUUUGUCUCUGGUGCUGACGGAGGGAGGAUUAAGAGAUGGAGAGGAGAGGGAUCAGCUCAUGGAGGAGGACUCGGGAGAUGCAGAGUUAUUGCCAGGCUACCAGUGGCUCCUUCAGGACCUCCCCAAACUGCCUCUGUUUGACAGCGUGAGAGGCUUGACGGCCAGCGCCUUACAGCAGGCCAUUCACAUGGAGACCGAUCCUCAAACCAUCAGUGCAUACCUGAUUUACCUAUCCCAGCAUGCACCAGUGGAGGAGCAGUCCCUACACAAUGACCUGGCCUUGGAUGUAGCUCGCCUGAUAGUGGAACGCUCCACUAUAAUGAACUGCCUGUUCUCCAAGCACUCCUGCAGACCCGAGUCUGACGCCGUCCUCUCCGCUCUGAUCACCAUCUUCUCUGCCUACAUCCGCCGUAUGAGGAAGACAAAAGAGGGAGAGGACCUCUACAGCUGGUCAGAGUCUCAGGAUCAAGUGUUCCUGCGAUGGACCACAGGAGAAACAGCCACCAUGCACAUUCUGGUAGUCCAUGCUAUGGUCAUCCUGCUCACGCUGGGACCUCCCAAAGGGGAAAGUGAGUUCUAUAUACUGCUGGAUAUCUGGUUUCCUGAUAAAAAGCCCCUUCCUACUGCAUUCCUGGUUGACACGUCUGAGGAGGCCCUUCUUUUGCCUGAUUGGCUGAAAUUACGAAUGAUCCGUUCUGAGGUCGCCCGAUUGGUUGAUGCAGCCCUACAGGAUCUGGAGCCCACGCAGCUGCUGUUGUUCGUCCAGUCCUUCGGGAUCCCCGUCUCCAGCAUGAGCAAACUGCUGCAGUAUCUGGACCAGGCCGUGUCCCAUGAUCCCCAGACACUGGAGCAGAACAUCAUGGACAAGAACUACAUGGCUCAUCUUGUAGAAGUCCAGCAUGAGAGAGGAGCCACGGGAGGACACACGUUUCACAGUUUGCUCAGUGCUUCACUUCCUUCACGCAGAGACAGCUCAGAGGUGAACAGGGCUAAGGUUACCGUUGAAACACCUCAUGGCUCUGUAAAGAUGAGAGCAGUUAGUCAGGUGCCAGCGAUCGGCCCAGAGGAUGAUCUCACUGGGAUCCUACUACAGCUCUUCCCCCUGAAGGUGGAUCCUCGCUGGCCUCCUCCUCCGGUCCGACCACUGUCAUUAUCUCUGCAGCAGACCCUGGCCCAGGAGGUUCUGCAGGCACGGCAGGGUCACAUCCAGCAGGGUGGCGCUGCCGGACGACUCCUACAAGCCUUAGCAGCCCUUCUAAACUCCGCCCACGCUGGAGCCCUGGUCAUGGCAAUGCACCACAGCCAUACGAUCUCCUGUCCUCUACUGCGCCAACUCCAUCUUUACCAGCGGUUGGUGUCUCAAGACGUUGGCUUCUCAUCGCUGUUCUUCAACGCCGUUGUGCAGAUGUUGACGUGGUUGGAGAACUCCGCGGUAGAGACGGGGCCACUCCACAGCCUGCUGAAAUCUCUGGCAGCUCAGUACUCUCACAAACAUCGCAUCACAGAUGUUCGUACAGGAUUUCUGCACUUGGCUGAAUCACUGGCGUAUAGACGAGACUCUGAAGUGGCAGCGAGGGGCAUUAUUGCCUCUCUGAGAGCUGGAGAAAAAUGCAAUGCUGAACCUGAACUCAUACGAAAAGUGUUGCAGGGCCUCAUGGAGGUGAAGUCUCCAUAUCUAGAGGAGCUGUUAUCCCUGCUUAUGACCAUCGGUACGGAGAAUGGGACCCCAGGAAACACAGCUGGUCCCGUUGCCAUGGUGAUCUCUCUGCUGCUACAGGAAACAGAGGAACGAGGGGUGAAAAUAGAGGUGGAUUCCAAAAUCACUGAGUCAAAGAAGCCUGGCUCGUGUUCAGGGCUGUUGGUGGACUGGCUGGAGUUGCUCGACCCAGAGGUGACCUCCGUGUGCUCGGAUCUUCAGCAGAAGCUGCUUUUUGCUCAAAACAAGGUUAAAAGCAGCGGUGUAAGUGUGGCCCCCUCCUACAGGCCGUAUCUGUUGGCCCUCCUUACACACCAGUCCAACUGGAGCACCUUACAUCAGUGCAUCAGCUCUCUGCUCAACAAACACAGAGAGCAGAGACUGGACCCAACCUCAGCUCUGGACUUCCUGUGGGCCUGCAGUCACAUUCCCCGCAUCUGGCAGGGGCGAGAUCAGAAAACUCCUCAGAAGCGCACCGAGCAGUUUGUGUUGAAGCUGUGUUCUGAGGAGCUCAUAAGUCUGGUGGACCUCAUCCUGUCUGAGUCAGAGCUGAGCUGUCGUGACUCAGCCACCUCUAAGAGCGCUCUGGACCAGGUCUCCUGCUCUCUUCUCCAGUCCCGCUUGCCCCUCCUGCACAGCUGUCUCCACUCAGACCUGGACAAUGUAAAGAAGGUCUCUGAGUACCUCAUCAGCUGUGUUAAGAAGUGGGGAGACAGUAUAAUGAGUAAGAGGUGUCAGACGCUGCUGCUGCAGAUCUACCUGCACUUCCCAGAGGUCAUCCAGCACAUCCGCCUACCAGAGGCCACCCUGAGUGCUGAGGGGGCAGCAGAUGGCAGCACCUGCAAGCUGGAUGUUCUCGUGCAUCGUCUCAUCACUCUGCUAGCUGACACAGGAGACUCCAAAUCAGCCGAGAACCGUGUGUCUGAUGCCAAUCUGGCCUGCAGGAAACUGGCCGUAUCUCAUCCGGUGCUUCUGCUCAGACACCUGUCCAUGAUCGCUGCACUCCUGCAUGGGCGCAUCCAUCUGAACCUGCAUGAGAUCAGACAGCAGACCCAUCUGACCUUCUUCGGUGAUGUUCUGGCUGUCCUGGAGCUGCUGCAGCCGCUGGUUUUCCUCUCUGACCACCAGAGGGCACUGCAGGACUGUCUGCUGUCCUUUAUCAAAGUACUGCAGAACUUCAGAAGAUCAUCCCGUAUGCCGAUCAUAAACAAAUUUGUGCAGUUCAUCCAAAAAUACAUAACCCAUGAUGCAGCAUCCGCUGUGCCUUUCCUUCAGAAACACUCAGAUGUGCUACAGGGACUAUCCACUGAGAAUCCAGACCUGGUGCAGCUCAAAUCUUUGCUCGCUGGACUUACUCUGCCUGUGAGGUCUGGUUCCUCUGAGAGCGCUGCUGAGGACAGAGACGCAGAGGAUUCGUCCUCAGGCUCCCUCUCUUUGGUCAACAUCUCAGCCUCCAUGCCUCUGACUGCAGCCGACAUGACUAAAUGCCUGAAGAAGAUCUCCAAAGGAGAAGCAAUUGAGGAUGUGUUUGACGGGUUGACUGAAGUGGAUGAGAAAUCCAAAAGAAAUCCAGAAAUCAUUCAGUAUUUUGUUAAUGAUCUUCAGAGGUUGAUGAGUUCCCCUGAGGAAGUGUGCCGCAACAUGGCGUUCAGUCUGGCCCUGCGGUGCAUCCAGAACAUCCCCAGUAUGGCUGCUGAAUUCCUGCCAACGUUCAUGUACUGUCUGGGCAGCGGCAACUUUGAUGUAGUGCAGACGGCCCUGAGGAACCUGCCUGAAUAUGUGCUGCUCUGUCAAGAACAUGCUGAUAUUCUCCUCCAUAAGGCAUUUUUAGUGGGCAUCUACGGUCAGAUUGACACCAGUUCCAUGAUAGCAGAAUCCAUGAAGGUCUUACGCAUGGAGGCAACGACAUAGAUGUCACUUUAAACAUGUUAGUACACAGUUUCGCUUUAAGUCAGAAGUGUCAUGCACUGUUGAUCCUGUUCAGAUAUAGCAUUCCACGUUCACAUUUCUUGAAAUGCCUCAAAUAAUGCAAAGUAAUUUAGUAAUAUUCAUGUCUGCUGGGAGUAAAGCCUGUCAUAAUUAGUUUUGUCUUCUGCUUUGAAUAAUAAAACUAUGACUUGUAGAAAUGCUCAAAUUGUU